AUGGUGACGACUUACUCUCCCGGAACUCACAGCAGUGAACAAGAUCUUGAGAGUUACGAGCGAUUUGCCUUAGAAGAUCAUGUGCGCGAUAUAAUCUCGGAGCUCUGCAAGAUACCCGCAGCCCGCGAAGAAUUUGGGCUUGGUGAUGGUGUUGAACGGUCGGGAUCGGAUACCAAAAUGUCUAGGCCCGAUCAAUUCUGCAUCCACCGCGUUGAUGGUCAUAUAAAUACCUUACUAAUUACUAUUGAAUACAAAGUAUCUCAUAAACUUCCGGAGAUCGUUGAACCAGACAUUGUACCAACAGAUGGGCCGGAGAAGCAGAGAUACAAUGCUGCGCGGUUGGCUGGGUCAGUGGCCGUUCAACAAUUCCAUGGGAUGAUAGAAUAUGGAGUCGGAUGCUCGUCCAUUACGAACGGCCUUAUAGAUGUGCAACUAUGGGUGCCUUUCGACGAUCCAGCUACAUUACACUACGAUGUAGGCGGGCCAGAUACCAAUGCUCAGGGGCCGCACACCAGAGUCGAGAGAGCUUUAUGCGCUUGUUUGAUGAGCUUUCGCACUCCUUUUCGUGAUCAAGCCUGGCGCAAUGCUGCUGCAAACAAGCUGCCGAAAUGGCACACGAGUUUCGAUAGCGAGCGCUCCCAGAUCCCAGCGACGGAAUUACCACAGAAUCCAAAGCUGGACUAUGCCUGCUCCGAAUACACUAGUCCUGAGCAGAGUACCUCUGAGUAUAUACCUUCAUCUGUCUGGGGCGCGCCAUCAUCUGACCAGCAUAUCCAAGGGGACUCUUCUGAUUCUGAGGUAGAUCCUGUUGCAUCUGCUGGACGCAAGCGGGGGUUCAGCCAGGUCACAUCAUCCCCUCCAGCCCAGCGCUCUGCACCUCAGGCAGGUCCUCGAGCGAAUCAAAGCGGGCAAUCUCGCCCACACGCUGCUCAGUAUUGCACUCGGGGGGACUACGGCGUACUGUUCAAAAUUACUUGUACCACCUUCGGAUAUACUGUUCUCGGGAAAGGGACUACACAUGGCGCGGGAAGAAUUCGCCAUAUGCUACUAAUGGGCUGGGGUGGCGAGAGUUUAAAUAACAUAAUUCUGGACAAAACUAUCCCGGCGGGGAUUUCUCAGUCGGUAAAGGAAAUCCGUUCCUUGGGUAUUUGCCACCAGGAUCUACGUUUGGAAAACGUAUUAUGGAAUGCUGAGCUCCAGCGAGCCCUGAUCAUCAACUUCCAUCGGUGCACUUUAGCCCAUUGGCCCGUGUACAACCGGCAAGGUGAUUUUAAACGACUGGGGUGUGGCCCUGAAGGACGUAAAUCGAAAAGUCUGCGUGUGGUGUGAGUUGAGCUCAUUGGAAG